AUGGGCAAACUCAAUACUGCCCACCCUCCUACGAGAGAAGUCUCGACGAGCUUCCCCCGCAUGGAACCUCCUCCGCCCUAUGAAGCAUCUGUCCGAUCCUCCUCCUCUGCUAACAGCAAUGACCGCCUUUACCCACAAGGAGACAGCCAGGCGCAGUCGCGGUCACAGUCACAACCACAACCACAAGUCCAGCAGCUCCAGAUUGAACAGCAAUCUCCGACGGGACAGAGCGAUCCCGACAAUAAGAGGAAGACGGAAGACGGUUGCUGUACAUUUGGCGACGGCGCAACAGGGUGUAUGGUCUAUGGAGAUCAUUCAGAAGGUUGCCUGGUUUAUGGCGACAACGCAAACGGAUGUUCAAGUCCGACCCUUGCGAUUGUGGCUAUUGACAAGCUCUCCGGCCCGACACGAAUCUCAAUUACGAGUCCCGUGAAGGAUGUUGCCUUUGGAGAGCGACAGGCGGCGGGUAAGCUGAGAUUUUGA